UUUUGAAUUACAUAAUCGAUCGUGCAUAUUUUUUGGCAUAAAAUUACUCGACACAAUCUAUUUGAAUACGAUUGAUUCGUUGGCGAAUGGUUCAAUAUAUCGAAUAAGCCGAUAAAAAAAAUUGAAUUAAACCAAAUCAUUUGGGUUUCUUCAACUAUUCAAAUGAAUAAAGUUUCUAGAUACUCUUCAUUUGAAUACAAGCACACACUCAUACACACGAACAGUCAAAGCAUGAUGGUAUCAUCAUUCUCUCUCUCUCUCUCGCAUUGCGCUGUUCGCUCUUUGUCUCUUUGGCCCUCUCUCUUCUUCGGUUCGUUCGCUCUCUUGUCAAAAUCGCUCUCAAAAUCAGCUCAUGCACACACAUCCAUCGUAUGUUUGACUAAAGCAUUUGAACAUUUCGUAACAGUGAUGCAAUUGUUUUCCGAAUCCACAACAUUACACCGACAAUGAAUUAGGUGAAUUGAAUAUAAAAUUUCACAGUGGGAUACCAAGCGAAAAGGCGUAUCGCAAGACGAAAACCAAUUCGAAGAGAGCCGAGCGUGAGAAACAUCUCCGAUUGAGAGUGAGAGAGGGAGAGCGUAAAGAAAAGACAAAGAGAACGACGGAGAGUAAUCAUCUUAUACACAUACACGUAUUUUGUGUGCCUUCUUAUUUGAAUCCAAUGCAGCCACUAAUUGAAAUCAAAUUAAAAGUACAAAAUCGCUGAAGAAAAAGUGCAUUGAAUAUGUUUAGUGUUUCGAAUUGAAAGCGAAAGAAAAGAACGAACGAAAAAUUUGUAAAAAAAAAAACGUCAAAGCAACCAGAGAAUCAUACACUUCAUUCGCAACAGAGAGAUAAAAUAACGCGAAAAUCAAAUUGACUGCAAAGUGCAUUGCAAAUCAUUUUACAUUGAAGAAUCUAAAUAGAAAAACGAACGUUAUACACACAACAACAACAACAACAGCAGCAGCAGCAGCAGCAACAACAAAAAGAAUUAUAAAAAAGUGAAGAGUAUCAUCAAUAAUUUUUCCAAGAAGAAAAGAAAGAAAAAAAUUCAUUUUAACGAAAGAAGAAAAAAAAAAAUCUGACAACAAGUACGUUGCUUAUUGUGCCUUUUUUCUCUUUCGCACCACUUAAUUACGCUACGAACGAGUGUCAGUCUCUCAUAUAAAUAACACAAGAAGAAGCAACAACACACGAGAAAAAAAAAUCACACAACAGAGAAGAAAGAAGCAAAAAAAAAAAAAAUCAAAACCAUUUUGGUGUUUUAGUAGAUUUUCUCAUGUCGAUAUUAUAUUGGGUGGCAAUCGUUGCAUAUAGUACGUUGCUUGAUGAAUGAGCUCUAAGUAAAACCGUGUUUUAAUGUGUAACCAAAAGUGAGAAAAAUUUAUCGGAAUAAACAGAGUGACACUUAAACACUUGUGUAUUAGAGAAGCGAGUGAGCGAGCGAACAGAGGAGCAAGAAAAAAAACGAAUCGAGCCCAAAAAAACAACAACGACAACACACAGAGAGAGAGAGAGAUAUUAAUUAAUCAAUUCGCAUAGAAAUUCACAACAAGCACGGGAAGCAGAUAAAAAGGCGAAUAGUAAUUUAGAAAAGUAAAAAAAGGGAGAAAAAAAACUAAUUCUCAAAACGAACGAGCAAACGAUUGAACGAAGAGAAGAAAAAAAAACACAGAGAGUCAAAUAAUCGAUGGCGGCCGCAAAUGAAUGACAGAAAAAUUAUUUUUUUGUUUUCGUUUCGCCGUAUGCUUUAGUGUGUGUUUUUCUCAAUGUUUUUUUUUUUAAUAUAUACAUACAUAUAUUCCCUGUUGAUCAUUCGUUCCUGUGCUUUGCUACUAUUUGAAUAUACUCGCCACGCAAAUAGAAUGGUUAUGGACAUUUUGAUGGUGAUUUAAUUACCUAUAGUUGAACUGUAUCAAUAAUAAUCACAGCAUUCAGAAUAGUGCUGAGACAACGACCACGGUCGCGUGAAAAAACGACAAAAAAACGAUCUAUAGAGAGAAAAAAACAACAACAACAACAACACACAAACAAUUCAAGUGGUAUUUGAAUCGAGAGUGAGAGAAAAACGAGCUCGAUUUAAGUGUUUUUUUUUUAAAUUGUUGGUGUUGUAGUGCGUAUGUGUGUCGGUUGAGUGGCAAGUAUUGAAUGCAAAAGGAUUCAUAAGAAAUCCGAAAAACGUAAAAAGAAAACAAAAUCUUCAUCGUCGAACAAAGGUGCAAAUGCACCAAAUUAGCAAGCAAACAAAUCGUAAUUCACUGAGAGAUCAUUUGUAUUGGUGCUGUGUCCUGUGUGAUCGAAUCCAAUUUAAAACACAAAACAAAACACGAAAAUAAAAGAGAACCCAAAAAAUACGCAAGCACACACAGAGAGAAAGAACAAGAAAUAAAAAUAAAAAAGAGGUUCGAAACAAAUUUGAGCAUGCCGCCAAUUUUAUGAUAUUGAAUGUAGAGAAGAAGAAAAAACAAAGUGUAAUUGUGGUAAUCGAAUAACAUUGACGCACAAAAUAAUCAUAAAUAACAAGAGAAAUUACGUUAGUUGUUUUUUUUUUGCGAGAGCAUGCUAAAGGGAAGUGUUGCUUUAAAUGAAUCCUCAGGAGAAAACGAUUCGGUACUGCUUCCAUCAACGACAACUAUAGCCAACCAAAUCGAAUCGAUCGUUAGCAACAUGGAAGAAACAAGUGCAGCACAGAGCACACAUAUUGCAAGUAAAUCAAAUAAUUGCCAAAAUGAGAACGAAUCAGAUGCAUCGAGUGGAUGUGAACGAAUCACAGCAGCAGCAGCCGCAGCAAUGUCAACGGAAUCACAGCAACCGUCAACGACUGACACUCAAACAACAAACGAAAAGAACAAUGAUGAAACGACAACCACAACAUCGAACAGUUCAAGUGCGGAUCAAACAAAGAAUAAGAAGGCAGUUCAUCUGCUGAGUGCAACGGCACCGAAUAUGGAAACAAUCUGCGAUGACAUUUCGUCAACGACCGAAGAUAUCAAGCGAUUGAAACACGUUCAGGUGCGAUCGAAUUCGACCGGCAAACUGUAUCAGUCGUCGCGUCGUGUUUCAUUUCCGGAAAAUAACCUUGUAACGGGUUACUUGGAACCGGCCGAUCCAUGGGCCUACGUGAAACCGGCCACCUGUGUAUCAGAACUGGCCGAAUUCUAUCGUGAAUCUUGUAGGCGUCACAAUGCGCAGCCAAUUGAAUCGAUCAUGAAACAUUUGGAUACAUUGGAUUUAAAUUCGAAUUCAAGGCGUCCCGUUUUGAAUUUGCGCGAACAAAACUUAACCGCCGAAUCAUGUGAAGCACUAGAAGAAGUCCUUAAGCGGAUUCAGUACAAGUUAAUUGAUUUAACCGAUUGUGGAUUAAAUGAUGCAUCGGCAACCGCACUUUUUGAUAUCAUCGAGUAUUAUGAGGCGGCCAACGAGAUCGAUAUAUCAGAGAAUCGCAAUAUCACUAAUAGAGGCUGGCAAGCAUGCAUCAAUAUGGUGAAACGUAGUCAUGCAUUACAAAUAUUAGUGACCCGAGGCACACCAUUAUCGGAAUCAAAUGCGAUUAGUUUGGGCAAAUCGAUGCUUAGCUCAUCAUUAAAUACACUGAAAUUGGAACACUGCGGCCUGUCCGGCCGACCAAUGGCAUCGCUGUGUACCUACUUACGGAAAAAUACUGUGCUGAAGGAGCUUUGGCUGGCGCACAAUGAUUUGACCGCUGACGAUGCAUACAACAUUGGAAACGUGUUGAAAUCUAACUUUUAUCUACAAUUCCUCGAUCUAAGCAAUAACAAUAUUCAGGAUCCUGGUGUACUUCAUAUAGCCGACGCAUUAAUCGAGCAAGCAAACUAUUUCAAGGUAUUGCAUGGUGGAUCGAGUUCAACCGCGUCACAACCAUUAUCAUCGAAGCACACGCUGACGCGUGGCGAUAAAAACGAAUCGAAAUAUGAGUGCUUGGCGCGGCUGAUAAACGCAGCAAAACCGAAUGCAGAUGGAACUCCAAAGCCGGAUGCACCCAACAAUUUUAUUGCAUUGGUUACCGCCGAAAAAUCUACGGCUGCAGCAAAUACAACCGGCGAUGACCGAAACCAAAAAGAAGCCGAUGAAAAGACAGAAGCACAAGGAGUUACCAAACCGGCAAAAAGUGAUAAUAACAACACAACCGUUAAGGCGGCAAGUGAUUCGACAGCAGCAACACCAUCACCAGCACCAGCUCAAGCAGCUGAAGCGGGCAACCAAAGUGUGUGCGAACUAAAGAUUGUCGAACAAAUUGAACAAAAUUCUAAAGAAAGCAAAAGUGAUAAUGAUGAUGAUUCAUCGCUGGCAACGUCCAAUAGCACCACCAGUUUCGAUUUAUCAGAGAAAAAUAGUGUCGAUGCGAAUGUAAAACACAAGGUAGAAGAUAAUAAUAAUGGCGGGGCUGCCGAUGUUAAGCACACCGAAAAGGGAACUGUGCUAUCGAAUAGUGAACAAAGUACCGAAAUUGUUUCCCAACAACAACAGCAACAGCAAACCACACAGCCACCAAAAGAGGAUCUCACUGAAACAUCGGAUGACGCUCAACCAGAUGCAAUGCUACUGGCCACAUCGAAUGAUUGUCAUUUGGAUAUCAAUGAAAAUAAAUCCGAUAUGAAACUUAACUAUGCGGAAGUGGUGAAAGUGGAGAAUGCGCUUGAAUCAACGCUGUGCGAGAAUAAAAAUUUCAAUGUCGCCGCUGCCGAAGAGAAUAGCGAUCAUGUCGAUAAUAAAAAAUUUGAUAGUACAAGGAAUGUGUCAAGUGAUCUCGAUGAUAAAGUACAAAGCACAGAUGCCAGCGCAACCAGAGAAAAUACAACUCCCGUCAAUGUGGCACCGUCGAAGCGUAAGGUUGGCUGCUCAUCGCCGAAACCAAUUCAAACUACCAAUUUAAAUCGGCACGACGAUCCUGACGAAGAAAUGUCACCGGUGUGCAAAGUGCGGCUGCCAUUGAACAGUCCACGUCUCACCAAAUCUAAGGAUAUCAUGAGCGAAUUGCCGCUGACACCAGACAGUUCCCAUUCAUUAGAUAGUAGUUGUGAAUAUUCGACAUACAAUACAUCAAUAGUUCCUGAAAGAUCGUUCAGUUCGGAGAGUCUGAACAGUGAAACCUCCAUCGAAUCAAACGAUUCCAAAUCAUCGAUCAAACUGGCCGAAGUUAAAUUCUCCAAAAACGGUACGCUCGAGCGGCAAAGUAAUACAACCGUAACGUUUGUGCCAUCGAUUACCACGCCAAACGGCCUUCAAGUGCUUAUGCUUUGGAAUAAUCACAUUACUAGGGAUUCGGCUCAAUCGAUAUCCAAACUGUUGGCCGCAACCACCACAUUGGAAAUUCUGAAUGUCGGCAAAAAUGUAUUAAGCAAUGACUUUGUCGCAAAUAUCAAAGCUAGUCUCAAGGCAAACACCAGUCUGACGAGUCUCGGCUUGCAAAGUGUUCAUCUAUCGAAUGACGGUGUUAAAACGUUAUCGGAAAUUUUGGAUUUUGGCGGUAACGUGACGCUGCAGCGCGUCGAUUUACGUGAUAACAAUUUACAAGUGAGCGGUUUAACGUCAUUGAACGAAGUUCUCAAAUCGAAUAAAUCAAUCACUCGAAUUGAUUUGGAUGAUGUGCCACGCAGAGCAUACGAACACAGUUCAGACUCGAGCAUCGAUUACAAUCGUGUGGUCAAUAAUAUUCGGUCGUUGUGUGCUCGCAAUGAGAAUCCACCGGAUCCGGAACCGGUUCGUACGUCGGUGAAGCGUGUGCGUGCUAGUUUCUUAAACUCUCGCAAAAUCUCGUUGACGUGCCAAAGCAUACGGAACAGUGCUCCACACGAUUCUCCACAAGCCAAAGCCGAUCGUCACUUAUUAGAUCCAACACGUAAAUCUGGUCGUUUAAGAUCGCCUUCACCUAGUCCAAUUCCAUCUCCCGUUUCAUCGCCAAUACCAAGCCCGUCACGAAGCAGCCGCUUUCAAGUGUCUCGUGUUGUUGAAAGUAAUGUUUCAUCUCCGAUAACACCUCCAUCGUCAAAUAGUUGUUCCCCAACAAGUACCUCUUCUUCGUCUCGGUUUCGUGUUACUGUUGUUGAACCACCAAAAGUUAUGUCCGCUCCCGUAACCAUAAUUAACAGCACGAACAAAGAGUGUGAUAAAUCUGUACAGAAAAAAGAAGUCGAAUCGGUAACGGCGUCGCCAACGACGACGAUGAAAGUGGUGGCGGCAGUACCGCCACUUCCUCUACCGAAUGUGUUACAGCGUACGCAGUCGGCACCAUCGACAACGAUGUCCGCGCAAGCGAAAGAAGAACCACCCACCUCAGCGAUUGAAACCAGCAGUACGAAAGAUUCAAAAGUGUUUACGGUUAGCAAACCCACCGAUCAUCAGCAACAGCACAUUGCUACAACACUGACCGUAAUCGACAAUCCGGGUAACAGUUUCGACAGUCCCGAUUUGGAAGUGAAAAGCUACAUGGACGACAGUUGUUCGUCGUUCAGCAGUCUCGAUUCAAUUGAUCGUGGGCAAGAUUUCAACACAUCAUUCAGCUCAAUGGAAAGCUACGACAUGCUACGGGAGAACAAAUUCGCAACUGAUAAUCUUGGGAAAAAUGUGUACAAACCAAAACAGAAUGUGGUCACCAAAAAUCUAUCGAAUUCAUCCAUUGAGACGGAAAAUGAAACGGUUGAGCUGAACAAAGCCGAUAAUAAUCCGUCUAGCUUAGAAGCAAGUACAUGUUCAAAUGAUUCGAUCUAUGGAUCUCAAGAGUUUCCCGUGCUGAAAAUCUCAUCGAACGAAGGUACGUUGACAAACAGCCCGGUUAGCCCGUGCAGUGGUGAUAUUGCAGCCAAUGAAAAGGAUAGCUUGUCACCAAAACCAGACGAUAAACAGCAACGCGUUCGAAAAACAUCGUGGAUAUCACGCGGCGAUGCGGUUCCAGCUACUUUAGAUAAGUUACUUAGUAUUUUCCAUCAUCCGAGCAAUUUGUUUUUCACGCGAUCCAGCAAUGGUGAUGUGCCGAAGCAGCAACAGACUCAAGGCCAAGAUUGUAAUAAGCCACCGUCACGCAAAGAAAGUCCGUCGGGGCUGUUUGCGUGGUCGAAGAAAGAGAACGUUUUCGAUGAAGUUGGUGAUAGCAAACCGAGCAGCGGUAGCGGUGGCGGCUUUGGUAUUGGUACUGGUAAUGAUGUUGUAGCACAGCAAAAGACCGCCAAAUCGCCAUUGCAAUCGAAUAUGUCGCCGGAAAAUACGAUAACCGCUGAUUCAGUUGGCAUUGAGGCGAUACCCAUUCAGCUGAAACAGGAUGUCAAGGAGAAUGUCUCGCCCGAGCACACCGUCACCGCUGACAGUAUGGCAAAUUUGCAAUUGAAAUCGAUUGCCACGCAAACGGCCAGCACGGACGUGGGCCCAAAGGCUGAGAAAAUUCCAAUGGACAUGGAACAACAGCAGCAGGUGUUGAAAAAUGAAAAAGUCCAUUUCGAAGUGGGUGGCGAUGACGAUGAAGACGAAUACGACGAGACCAACAAAAUUGAAUAUGCCGGUGUUCAAGUGAACACCUCCGAAGGAUCACAUCAGCAUCAUCACCAUCAAUCGAAUGCAACGAUCGCAGCAAAUCACAUGGGCAAAGCAUUCGGUCUUGGUCAAAUCACACGCGAUUCGCUGAGUAUUUUGAAGGGAAGCUCCAACAAUUCACAGGACUCAAUGCGAUCGCUCGAAUCAUUGUCGGAAAUUGUUUUUGAAGAGAAAUAAUCAAUUCAAUAUCCACAACAGCAACAACAAAAUACCUACACACAGAGACGAACCCACAACAAAUAAUCAAAACCAAUGAUCAACCAAAAGCGGCAAAAAAACAAAAUCACCACCGCAACAACAACAAAUGCAGAAUGCAACGAAAGGUUUUCCAUCAUUUGAACCAAUUGAUUAUGGCAAUGAGAUGUUAUCAUUAAGCUAAUCGAUUCAUUUGAAUUCUAAGUUCAUUUGCUGCUGCUGCUCAUGACAUAAGAAAAAAAACAAUGAAAGAAAAAAACCACAAAAUACGAUUUAAAAAAAAAAAACAAACAAACAAAAUCAAUUAUACGAUAUGUUGACAUUCCUGCCAGUUCACCAAAUGUCAGCGACCAUAUUACGCCGAAUUGUGUUCAGUGGUGCAUACAUUUGAAUGAAACAGAAAGGGGAAAACGGUUCUCACAUUCUUUCUCUCACUGACUUGAGGUGUUAAGCAAAACAAUAACAAAGAAAAAAUCAACGUGAGAUCGCCGAUGACCAAUUUUUUAGAUAGGAUUUUCUUAAUUUUGAUAUUGUAAGUAGAGCGCGAAUAGCUAUGCUAGGAACUGAACACAGAAAGAAAAUAAAUCAACAAUUUUGUUCAAACAGAUCGGCCGAUUUGAAAUUAAAAAAAAAAAUGAAAAUAAAAUGAAAUUUGACUGGAAAUGUCACAAAUGUAAAAAAGAAAGACAGAACAAAAGAAUUAAACGGAAAUGAUAUGAGUAAAUGAUUUGAAAAGAAAAAAACACACAAAAAAAUAACGAAAGAAUAAAAUACAAACACGAACAAACUAAAGAAACAUUCACACAUGCAUUAGGGCUCGUUCGGCUUGAUUUAAAGAGACAGACAAACAAAGCAAAAACAUUUGAAAUGAAAUGAUUGUGUAUAUUAUUGAAAACUUGUAUGCCUGUGAUAGGUUCAUACUUUUGACAAUUUUGUGAUAUAAAAUGGGAGACAGAGAGAGAGAGAGAGAGAGUGAGAGAGAGAGAGAGAGAGAAAAUGAAGCAAAUUGCAAAGGGACAUGGGAUUUUUUUUUAUUUGGAAAAAUUUGUAAUUGUGAACAGUGUAAAAUUUAUGUAUAAUUGUAACUCACACACCAAGUGAGAGAGAGAGAGAGAGAUGGAAGAGUUUUUUGUUCGAGGGCAAAUGAAGAUGCCAAUUGAAAAAAAAUGAAGCUAAACCGUUGUUCUUUUUCUCUCUUUCUCAAGAAAAUGAAUGGAACAUGGAACAAGAAAAUCCAAACUGAAAUAUUGUGCUAAUAAGUAAGCCUUAGUAUGCUAAGGGACAAAGUGAAUUAAAAUGAAGAAGAAAAAAAAUGAGAAAAACCACAAACAAUUGCUGUUUUAGUCAAUAAGAGACAUUCAAGAAAAUUGAAAACACAAUACACACAUGGCUUAAGAAUUAACAAGAGCAACACACACACACACACACACCUAGAUUUAUCAAUACAUUCACGCUAUGACUAUUUCUCGAUCCAAUUUCAUUAUGAUGCUGUGCUUAAUUAAUUAUUAUGAAUAUCCCAGACAUAUUUUUGUACAUAAAACUAUACGUAGAAGUUGUUUAGCCAGUCAGCACCUAGAUGAUUUAAAAAAAUUCAGACCACAUGCAAAGUACAUACCAAAAUUGUUGUUUCCGGAUGAAAGAUAAAUUGAGGAUAAAAAAAAAUAAACAAGAGAAAAAGUUAUUUACAUAUUAUAACCAUUUUGUGAGCAACUUUACAAAGAGAUAAACUGUUUUUUUCUGUUCUUCUGGGGGGAGCUUGAUUGUGCGAAUAUGGCCAAAAAAAAUUUGAUUGGGACAUACAAAGAGAGAAGCGUAUUAGAAAAAAGAACACACACAAACCAACAGUAACAACAAAAACAAACCAAUUAAAUGAUAAGGAUUAACGAAAGAAUUGUGAAAUCAUUAUCAAUAAAUCAAAAUGAGGUUGUAA